AUGACACAAUUUUCUCCCGAUAUCGGAAUUUUUAAUUCUGCUCUCGACCCUGCCACCGGCAAACCGAAAGAGGGCGUCGAAAAGUUUGUAGUCUUUAGCACCAAAGUCAAAGCGCUCUCGCUCAGGGUUCUGAUCAGCGUACCAGUCAUCUAUGCUUCCCUCUAUAUACUCCUACUCGCAACGAGAUGCACCAGAUUCACCAACAGUAACAGCGGUAAAAUCUCCCGGUUUACUUUGCGAGCAACAGGCCUCCAAGCCGUACAAUUGUACAGGAUGUUGGAUGAAGAGAAGUGCGGUGAUCGGGAUGAUUGGCAUGGAAGAUUAGAGCACAUCCCGUACAUCCUGGACGCAAAAGAGGUGCAGGGGAAGCCAGAGCAACCAGAGAAGCCAGCAGCAAGAGCGAGGUACUCAGGAAUAAGUAUGUUUCAAGACGAUAAAUAUUCCGAGAUCACUGAGGUUGGCUGGGGCGGGAAGACUGGCACGGUUGUCCCAGAGUCUCGUCAUCCGUAUCUGUUCAUCGCCCCCAAGGUGAUACAAACUGGUACUGGCGAGUCAAGAAGGAAUCAUCUCAGCCUCGUAGGGCCAGUAAAGUACCAGCUUAAGACGGACGAACGUGUAUUCUCAUACAGUGGCACGGGCAAUCAAGCGAUUGCUAGUGGACCUGCAGAAAGAUCUGAUGAUGGGACGGCCGAAGUAUCAUCAGAUUCGAAACAGGCGACGGUCGAGACGAGAGCUAUAUCACCCAAUUAA